CAGGAAGGUCAUUUAACUUCACCAGGCUUUAAAAGAAGAAAGAGUGCACAGGUAGGAGAGCAGUCUUUCAUUAUAAACUGAGUGGUUCGAGCCCUGAAUGCUGAUUGGCUGACAGCCGUGGUAUAUCAGACUGUAUACCACACCCCCUCGGCCCUUAUUGCUUAAAUUUACCCUCUGAAUUAACAGCCAAACUUAAUUUAACUAUUUAGUUGUACAAAUGCCCUCAAAUGUUUAGUACAUCCACAUCAUACUGUAUAUCUUGAUAACAGUUCACCCACAUCAUUCUAUGUAAAAAUUACUUUGUAGUAACUGUGAAAAAAAAAAUAUCCUUGACUUUAUCAACUAAAUAUAAUCAAGGUCCCCAUGAAUUAAUAGAAUGUAGCAUAUCAUGGCAAUUCGGUUUCUCUAAGUAGAGGCUUAUACCAUACUGGGCAUAGGAAGAUGUGUGACCAUUGAAAAUGCAAAGAAAGUGCUGCAUCGUCAUAGCAUCUGAGUACAUGUUGUUUAUGAAUAUUAGUCAUGAAUCAGUUUUAUUGCAACAUCUAAACUUGACAACAGCUUAGCCUUAGCCGUUGAUAUUGUGAUGUUUCUACGGGCAUGUAUUUAUAUUUCUUGGGCGUGAUCAUACUUUGACCAAUGAUACUUUUCUUUGUCCAUGUUCUUACCAUAUUAGAUGAAGAAGAGUCUAUUAUGUGACUGAUAUAUGUAAAACUGCUCUGUCCCUUUUCUCCUAUCUAGGCCAAGAGAACACUGUUACCCUCCAACCAAUCAGCGGGCUCAAUCACAGGUAUGUACACCAAUCACAACAAUGGAAUCUUUCUGAAUCCUUCAGACAUGACUAUCUGGUAAAGGGGUUGGUGUCUCUCUAACCGUGUGUUGUUGUUGUUAUAAGGUUUUGUGAAUAACACAGGCCUGACCCUUCACACUUAUAUAAUAAACCAUCUUUCCCUAAACCUCUUUGUUUAUCCUUACUCCAGAAUCUGAGGAGGAUGACAAUGAUGAGGAGGAAGAGGAGGAAGAAGAAGCUGAGCAGGAAGGAGAGAGAGGAAAGCAGGCAAACACUGCUGGAGGAGAGAGCAGUACAGGAGGCAGCCAUGGUGUGGUGAAAAAGUCUGUCUUCAAAGUCACCUGUGGGGCCAUCAAUGGUACGCUACAUAAGGAGCGGUUUGCAUCAGGUACAUAUUUUAUUCUCUCAAGGUUUAAUAAACAUAAGAAAGUCCUAUAGCUAUUGCCGUGUCUCAGAAACUAUUGGAGGUACUGGAGACACUUUUACAUGUUGGCAACCCUCUUUCUCUGGCUGCACCUCAAAUACUGCCCCCACUUAGUGCUUUUAUCAAGCAGAAAACCCAUGGCAGCAGAUCCAUAAGGUCUGCAAUGAGAGGUGACUGUAUAGUUCCCUUAAGGAAAAGUACCUUCAGUCAGACGGCUUCAGUCAGAGCUUCCCAUGUCUGGAACAUAACUGCCUCCAGACACACGUAACUGCGCCACACACAACCUGUCUGUAGUUUGUGAGGUGUUAGUGUGUUAGUUGUCAUAUGUUGCUCUCUAUGUGCUAAUUGUCUGUCUGUACUAUGGGACUACGGUCGAAAUUUUGCCAACUGGCUAAAACCGGCACUUUUACUGAAAAUCUCUCUGCAAAAAUAAACGUAAUAAAGUAAAGUAAAUGACACACUUUUAGCUAUUGUCGAUAAUACACUACAUGUUAUUUUACCAUAGCCCUAUGUCACUCUGGUCAGCUGUCGUGCGCCAUAUUGGAUUUAUACUAGGGUUAUAAUAGGGUUUCAUUUGAGAUUUUCCUUCUGCCCCUAUCUUCUCUGUUGCCCCAGGGUCAUGUGGAAAGAGCAUCCGUACGGAGCUGCGCUGGAUGACCCCGAUGGAGUUUGUGACGGGGGGGUCAGCUCUGGCAGAUGCCUCCUGGAAGAAAGACAUCCAGUGGGAUGGGAAACCACUCAGCAUCCUCAUCGAGGUACAGAGGGAAAGAGAACAGAAAGAUAGAGAGGAAGAGAGAUGAGAGAGAAUGAAGAUGUGUGUUUGGCACGUACCAACCUACUGUACAUGGAAUGGCUUAAGAUAGUCUGCCAGGUCUAUAAGGAUCUGUGAUGAAAACAUUUCCCUUCUUCAAAAACGUUUUACUAGUACUUCUACUGUCUUUGUUUGUUUCUCAUUUUCAGAGUAAGAUCUUGGUCAUCCACUCCCUCCUUUGUAAAUGCAAGCUGUGCAGCCCCACGGCCAAAGACCGUGUAAGUUUCCCCCUCAACCCUCAGGAACAUGGGAACAACGUAGGAACAACCAUUUCAGUUUCUCCUCAUCGCUCAACCACAUAUUGCCAGGGUAUAUCUGGUGGGCUUUCUGGAAUAAGGACAAGUGUGUAUAUUGUGGUAGAAAGUGCAAUAGAUUAUAAGAUGAAUGUUAUUCUCUAUUUCAUCGAGGUCACAAUACUUACAUAGUCUUUCCCCAUCCAUUUCACCAUUAUACCGAUCUGUUUCAAUACGCAGGGGCAAUAUCCCUGAUCUUACACGUAGCGAUCUCUUGCUUUUAGGUAGGUUGUACAUAAUAUACUGUAUCUCUCACACACAAAUUCACCCUUAAUCAAACAAAAGGUUCUCAAUUUGGGUUUAUGAUUAAUCUCCCCCACCCAUUUAUUUUCAUAUUGCGUCAUCAGUUGUUUUUUAAUUGUGUCUAUGUCUCCCUUAAUUUGGUUUUCAUACAAAUGUUCUAAGUCAGACUGCUGGAAAAGGUCCCAUUGAAAAACUUUUCUAGCUAUUCUGGCAAUUGGCAUAUCCAACAGUCUAUUCCAAAGUCUCACCAUACACGCUUCCAUCUCACCUCACAGGGUUCCCAGCCCAUGUCCCCAGUUAUUGCCAGUAUAGGCGCAAACUUGUGGACACCUAAAAAAUUAUGUACUGCUUUGAGAUACCUCUUAGCAAUCCACACUCCUGCCGAAUAGUCCAGAACAGGUCACAAACGUCUUAUACAUUUUGGAAUAUGUGGCAUAACCGAUAUGUUUGUUUUUGUUUUUCCUAUAACUCCCCCAUGAGCUCUACUUGCUGAGUGAACCAGGGCAGAUGUGCCGUAUAGAAAGGUCAUAUGUUCAUCAAAAUAAAGACCCAAAUAUUUAUAAUGGCUAGUAAACACAAUAAUUUCUUCACCACAAUAAAACUGAAAAAGUACUUAGUACAUGAUUCUCCAUCUUUUGCACCAAUUGACAACUUGUUCAGUUUCUGCCAUCGAAAUAAAACCAUCAGCAUUUCAUCAUCAUAUCUUACUCCAAUAUUUAACUGUUUAAUUUAUUUUGCCAAAGCAUUAAUAAACAUAGCAAACAGAGUCGGUGAUAAGGUGUCUCCUUGUUUUACACCCGAGGGUGUGGGAAACAAAUCUGUACGAUAUUUAUUAACACACAAACAGGCAGUUGGUGCUUGAUUGUUAACCAAUUCCUUCUCACCUUCCUCUCUUCUCUGUCUUGGCAGCACGAUCAGGACAACGAUGAUGACUGCUUCAUCUGUAGAAGCCAGGGCAGCUUGAUAUGCUGUGAUAAGUGUCCUCGCUCCUUCCAUCAGAGAUGUCAUCUUCCUAAUGUGGAUGACGCUAUGCUGGGGUGAGUAGAGUUGAGGGUUGAUGAGAGAGAGAGUGAGAAAGAUUGAUAGAAGAGAGGUCUGUUUGUUCUGUGUAGGUAAACUUAGCUGUCAGCUUAUUUGUACACUAUUGAAAUGUUUGUGUGUGUGUGUGUGUGUGUGUGUAAUCACAGGAAUAAUCGUCUGUGGAUGUGUACAUUCUGUGUACUGAGGAACAGUCAGUCGUGGCGUUACCCCAAACAAAUGACCUACCAGGAAGCCUUAACCUGCCGAAUCUCUGACCACCUACUGGUGAGGAGCCUGAAUGAAUGACUGCUAUCAUUGGGCCAAUUGCCUCCUAUUGCCUCUCAAUCAAUAAAUUAAUUAACCUACAGUGGCUUGUGAAAGUAUUCACCCCCCCCUUGGCAUUUUUCCUAUUUUGUUGCCUUACAACCUGGAAUUGAAAUGGAUUUUUGGGGGGGUUGUAUCAUUUGAUUUACACAACAUGCCUACCACUUUGAAGAUGCAAAAUAUGUUUUAUUGUGAAACAAACAAGAAAUAAGACAUAAAAACAGAACUUGAGCGUACAUAACUAUUCACCCCCCCAAAGUCAAUACUUUGUAGAGCUACCUUUUGCAGCAAUUACAGCUGCAAGUCUCUUGGGGUAUGUCUCUAUAAGCUUGGCACAUCUAGCCACUGGGAAUUUUGCCCAUUCUUCAAGGCAAAACUGCUCCAGCUCCUUCAAGUUGGAUAGGUUCCGCUGGUGUACAGCAAUCUUUAAGUCAUACCACAGAUUCUCAAUUGGAUUGAGGUCUGGGCUUUGACUAGGCCAUUCCAAGACAUUUAAAUGUUUCCCCUUAAACCACGUGAGUGUUUCUUUAGCAGUAUGCUUAGGGUAAUUGUCCUGCUGGAAGGUGAUGGCCAAAAAGCUCAAUUUUAGUCUCAUCUGACCAGAGUACCUUCUUCCAUAUGUUUGGGGAGUCUCCCACAUGCCUUUUGGUGAACACCAAACGUGUUUGCUUAUUUUUGUCUUUAAGCAAUGGCUUUUUUAUGGCCACUCUUCCGUAAAGCACAGCUCUGUGGAGUGUACGGCUUAAAGUGUACAUAACUAUGUUUCCCCUAUGGACAGAUACUCCAAUCUCCGUUGUGGAGCUUUGCAGCUCCUUCAGGGUUAUCUUUGGUCUCUUUGUUGCCUCUGAUUAAUGCCCUCCUUGCCUGGACUGUGGGUUUUGGUGGGCGGCCCUCUCUUGGCAGGUUUGUUGUGGUGCCACAUUCGUUCCAUUUUUUAAUAAUGGAUUUAAUGGUGCUUCGUGGAAUGUUAAAACAUUUCUGAUAUUUUUUUAUAACCCAACGCUGAUCUGUACUUCUCCACAACUUUGUCCCUGACCUGUUUGGAGAGCUCCUUGGUCUUCAUGGUGCCGCUUGCUUGGUGGUGCCCCUUGCUUAGUGGUGUUGCAGACUCUGGGGCUUUUCAGAACAGGUGUAUGUAUACUGAGAUCAUGUGACACUUAGAUUGCACACAGGUGGACUUUAUUUAACUAAUUAUGUGACUUCUGAAGGUAAUUGGUUGCACCAGAUCUUAUUUAGGGGCUUCAUAGCAAAGGGGGUGAAUACAUAUGCACGCACCACUCUUCCGUUAUUUAUUUGUUUGAAUUCUUUGAAAAAGUCAUUUUUUUCAUUUCACUUCACCAAUUUGUACUAUUUUGAAUAUGUCCAUUACAUGAAAUCCAAAUAAAAAUCCAUUUAAAUUACAGGUUGUAAUGCAACAAAAUAGGAAAAUCGCCAAGGGGGAUGAAUACUUUUGCAAGGCACUGUAUCCAUCUGUCUGUAUGUCUGUCAGUUUGGCCAUUAUAAGUAUUACUACAGUGAGGGAAAAAAGUAUUUGAUCCCCUGCUGAUUUUGUACGUUUGCCCACUGACAAAGAAAUGAUCAGUCUAAAAUUUUAAUGGUAGGUUUAUUUGAACAGUGAGAGACAGAAUAAAAACAAAAAAAUCUAGAAAAACGCAUGUCAUAAAUGUUAUAAAUUGAUUUGCAUUUUAAUGAGGGAAAUAAGUAUUUGACCCCCUCUCAAUCAGAAAAAUGUCUGGCUCCCAGGUGUCUUUUAUACAGGUAACGAGCUGAGAUUAGUAGCACACUCUUAAAGGGAGUGCUCCUAAUCUCAGCUUGUUACUUUUAUAAAAGACACCUGUCCACAGAAGCAAUCAAUCAAUCAGAUUCCAAACUCUCCACCAUGGCCAAGACCAAAGAGCUCUCCAAGGAUGUCAGGGACAAGAUAGUAGACCUAAACAAGGCUGGAAUGGGCUACAAGACCAUCGCCAAGCAGCUUGGUGAGAAGGUGACAACAGUUGGUGCAAUUAUUCACAAAUGGAAGAAACACAAAAUAACUGUCAAUCUCCCUCGGCCUGGGGCUCCAUGCAAGAUCUCACCUCGUGGAGUUGCAAUGAUCAUGAGAAUGGUGAGGAAUCAGCCCAGAACUACACAGGAGGAUCUUGUCAAUGAUCUCAAGGCAGCUGGGACCAUAGUCACCAAGAAAACAAUUGGUAACACACUACGCCGUGAAGGACUGAAAUCCUGCAGCGCCCGCAAGGUCCCCCUGCGCAAGAAAGCACAUAUACAGGCCCGUCUGAAGUUUGCCAAUGAACAUCUGAAUGAUUCAGAGGAGAACUGGGUGAAAGUGUUGUGGUCAGAUGAGACCAAAAUCGAGCUCUUUGGCAUCAACUCAACUCGCCGUGUUUGGAGGAGGAGGAAUGCUGCCUAUGACCCCAAGAACACCAUCCCCACCGUCACACAUGGAGGUGGAAACAUUAUGCUUUGGGGGUGUUUUUCUGCUAAGGGGAUUGGACAACUUCACCGCAUCAAAGGGACGCUGGACGGGGCCAUGUACCGUCAAAUCUUGGGUGAGAACCUCAUUCCCUCAGCCAGGGCAUUGAAAAUGGGUCGUGGAUGGGUAUUCUAGCAUGACAAUGACCCAAACCACACGGCCAAGGCAGCAAAGGAGUGGCUCAAGAAGAAGCACAUUAAGGUCCUGGAGUGGCCUAGCCAGUCUCCAGACCUUAAUCCCAUAGAAAAUCUGUGGAGGGAGCUGAAGGUUCGAGUUGCCAAACAUCAGCCUCGAAACCUUAAUGACUUGGAGAAGAUCUGCAAAGAGGAGUGGGACAAAAUCCCUCCUGAGAUGUGUGCAAACCUGGUGGCCAACUAUAAGAAACGUCUGACCUCUGUGAUUGCCAACAAGGGUUUUUCCACCAAGUACUAAGUCAUGUUUUGCAGAGGGGUCAAAUACUUAUUUCCCUCAUUAAAAUGCAAAUCAAUUUAUAACAUUUUUGACAUGCGUUUUUCUGGAUUUUUCGGUUGUUAUUCUGUCUCUCACUGUUCAAAUAAACCUACCAUUAAAAUUAUAGACUGAUCAUUUCUUUGUCAGUGGGCAAACGUACAAAAUCAGCAGGGGAUCAAAUACUUUUUUCCCUCACUGUAUAUACUUGACAUUAAAUAAUUAUUUAGAAUUAAAUGUAAACCAGCUUUGACCAGACACAUAAAGGUGUGUUUACUCUGACAGGAAUGCCACUACCUCCUGCUCUGUCUAUACUACGCGGACGAGGACCACAUCUUUGUGGAAGAUCCUUGCAUCCACGUAAGUUUGCUUGAUUUUCUCUCUCUCUGUGUGUGUGUGUGUGUGUGUGUGUGUGCGUGUGCGUGCGCGUGCGUGCGCGUGAAAGUGAGAGAGAAAGUUCACAUAUAUCUCCGUCUGUAUGUUUCAUUGCCAGGUGAGAAACUACACCAGUGUGAUUAAGACCCCUAUAUGGCUGGACAGGGUUGUGGAGAAGCUGCAGCAGAAUCUCUACCAGUCAGUGCAACACUUUGUGUCUGACGUGUUGCUUAUCUUCACCAACUGUGCCACAUUUAACAGGGUAAGACUGCACUACUGCAGUAUCCAAUGUGAAGACUCAGGGCUAACAUUUUAAAAAUAAAUCUUGGAAUUAUGCUAGUCAACUUUACUUAUGCUAAUGCAUGAAUAACACUUUAAAAAUGUGCCUUUGUUUAAUCCAUAACAAAGCUGCAUUAGGCAAAAUGAGCUGUUUUAAUUGCAUUUCUACCUUAUUUAUUAUGUUUUCUAUACAAUUGUGUCUGUCUUUUUUUUCUGAAGGACAAUGCAGAGUUUCGUGGUAUGGGCGAAAGAUUGAAGGAUCUAUUUGAGAGAGAGUUCAAGAGUACAUUCAGCAUCCAACUUCAUCAUCCAACUGCAUCCAACAGCCAGUAGAGCCUUCAUCAAGUCUGUACUGUUAUCUCACUAUGAGACAACAGGGAAUAUUCACCAUGAAUAUCAGUGUUGCGCAGACAUGCUUGGUAAAGAACGCAGCCUUUUCUCUUCAGCUUGUUGUAAAGCCACAGGUCCAAGAAUGUAAAUACUGCAAUAGUUGCUGAUGUUGGGUUUGUAGGCAAGUUUCUUUAUAUCUACUUGAAAGACGAAAACUUUUUCCUUCUCAUAAACAUUGAGACAGCCACAUAGGCAGCCUAUUUAUCGAUCGAUUCCAUAGCCAAGAAAGUGUGCUUGGUAGACACGGUAAUGUAAUUUAAUAUCACUGUAAAAAGAGAAGACUCCGAAGACGACGAUUCAUCUUCACUGCAUUUGGAUAAAAGAGGCUCAGAGUCUGCAGUUCUUCAUAAUAUUUAUCCGGGAGAAGGCAGUCCAAUAGAAGACAAUGCAGAGUAUUCAACACAGCAUGGGCGGCUGGCAACUAAAAGGACCACCAAACCCACUGUACUUUAAGUUAUUGUUGGAACUGUAUAAUCAGACAGAGAUAGCAUAUUUCAGUCUUGUCUCACAGGAACUUUUUGUUUAGAAACACUAGUAGAUAAUAGCAGAAUAUACCGCACAACCAGAGCUGAUUAGCCUAGUGAAGGUGCUGGAGGCAAAACUGGAGUAACAGGAAAAUGUCUCUGCACACAUUAGAAAUACUAGAACAGUAUAUAAUGAAAGAUCAGAAUUGUAUUGAAAUUAUGAGCUAAAGCAAAAUAAAAUGCGUGCACAUCUUCCGGGCAUAACAGACAGUGUUGGCUUAAAAUCAUGGGAUUAUUGAAACUAUAUUUUCGUCUGCACCAAUGGCGACCCGUCAUUCAGGGCAGGUGGGGCAUAGCCCACCCGUUUAG